AUGUUCAAAGCCGCUUGCUCCGGGCCCACUUUGAUGCACGACAUUCGUGCUUUCCUACAUCAGCAAGACUCGAUAUUUACAAGCACAUUUUCAACUCUGGACGAAUGCAGAUCACACUGCUUGGAUUCGCUACAUGAUCACAAGAACCAAGAAGCCUACUACCAGAAGAUUGUGGAUCGCUACAUGAAGUUCAUUGCAUCGUCAGGAGGUGGCGAAGAACUCGAGAAGGCCUUCGCAUCACUCACGGUCAAAGAUGAAAUUCCACAAGUCCCCGCAAACAAUGGCCCUGCUUCGAAUCGUCCAACACUUCCUCGCCAAGCUUCCGCCACUCCGAGACCAAACGAUAUGCCGAACAUCCUCAUGGCCAUGCGGAGACUGCGCGAAGGCAUCCUCGGCUCUCAACGCCGUGACCAAUUCGCGCAACGAGCAUAUAUGUUCAUCAUCCAAGCAAGCAUACUGAGUCGACACUGGGAGUCUUACCAACCAGCGCUGCUGUACCUGCUAAAUGAGAUCCACCCUAUCACACCACUCUCGUCUACCGACCUACAGGACGUUGUCGGCUACCGCACCCUGGACUUGGCAUGUCGACAAUACGAGUUGGCGGAUGCUUUCGCCUUCCAACGAGCUUUCAAGUUCGACGACCGCCGUGUUGCCGCGGUAGUCAUGAGUCUUGUGCACGACGACUGGGUCCGCUUCUGGCGGAUCAAGCGUGCCGUCGACGGGUAUCAGCGCGCCAUCCUGGAGUUCGCUGUCGAUCGAAUGAGGCUGCAUGCGCUGAAGUGCCUCGGUAGAGGCUACUUGAGUGCCGACAGAUCCUUCGUGGAAAGGACUGGUGACUCGAGCUGGCCUGAGCUCGUAAAGGGAGGUGUUGGGUGGGAGCUCCAGGAUAGCGGCAUGGUCACUAUUCGAAAGCCGAAGCCAAAGUGA